UCUUGACCAAGGGAUUCCAAGAGAGAGGAAUUAGGCCCGGCUAAGCACCUGAGAGCAGCGGUGGAAAAAGGAGAGAAAAUCAUCAAGCAGGAUGUAAAAAAUGAACUGUGACCUGAACAAGAGAAGAGGUCCAGGCAGUAAAAUACGGAAUAUUUGAUUAACGUAAUCCAGAAUUGUAAAGUUUAUUGCUCGGGAAGAAGAAAGAACUGGGACACAGGGGAUGGGCCUACUUUUCACCGUGAACUGUGGCUCAUCUUUGGAAUUUUGAACCACGUUUAAUUCAAGGAAACUUUACUGAGCUUGCCAAGAACUGCUCUAAAAACCGGAUUCAGCUGUGAACAAACCUGGUACAGUCCCCCUUAAAGCUGACAUUCCAGAGGAGAUAGAGUGCAGGCACAGAGCCAGCCCUGAGUGGGGAGCGCGCUAAGAGGCGACUUUACACAGUGUUGUGCGUUCGGGGCGGGCUUCCUGGGCACAGUCGUUUGAAAUAAGACCUGAAUGAGGUGGGAGGGAGGAUGAGGUGCAAGCGGCGGGAGAAAAGAGGUCCAUGCAAGGGGAACAGCCAGCGCAGAGGCCACGCGGUUCAGGAACAGCAGGAAAGAAGGUCGGGGACACAGGGUCCUGGAAGGCGCUGAGUAGCGACCUCGGGAAGGAGGUAGCAUCCAGGAGCAGAUGAGAUGUGGCGAGGCCUUUGGGUUAGAAUCGCGGAAGUUCCAGGUGACAUUGACAAGGGCGGUUUCUGAGGAGGGUGCAGGGGGAAAGCCUGACUCGAGUGGCCUCCAGAGUGAACCAGGAGAGAGGGCGUGGAAGUGAAUAACACCCGCAGCUCUGCAGUGGGGCUGUGGAGACAGCUGGGGAACUGAGAGCGCUGUUGUUUGUUUCUUUGGGGUGGGGGGAAUAAUAUUGAAUAAAAUUAUAAAUGUAUUAUUUGUCCAAAUAUUAAGAAGGGGGAGGACAGUCGCAGAAAAGGUAAUGGAGUGGAUACAAGGCCACGCUUGAGGGUGAGACAGGGCCAGGUUCCAGACUCUAAAUUUAGCUCAGCACAGGGCCUGGGCGAACCUGCGCUAGGGGAACCUGACACCUUGGCUCGGGCGCCAGGCCCUUGCCACGGCGAUGCUGCAUCGGCCUUGGUCAGGAACAGGGAGUGGCGCCCGGCAGGGUUUGUGCGCACACCUGUCGCGGUCUGUUUCCCACGGCUGACUGGGUCAGGCUGGGGCGGCCUAGAGAGACUGAGGGACCGGGGCAACGGGAAGAGGCGGGGGCCGGUGGACCGCGCAGAUGGGGGCUCAGGGCGCUGUCCGGCACUUAAAUGGCCCUGUGCCUCCCUGCCCGCAGUCAACUUGGGCCUCGCCUCCCGGCUCUCCGCCCGGCGCGCCCUGGGCUCAAGUCUCUGCCUGUCAAGUAGCAACCCCGCCCUUCCUCUCCCAGUGGGCACUCGGCGGCCAGCCCGGACGUCGCGCUCCGACCCGCGUCCUGUGAGGUCCAGUGGCCGCCCGAGCGCGACCAGACCUAGGUGAGCUGAGAGCGCACAUGGCUGCAGUGGGGCCGCGGACUGGCCCCGGUACCGGGGCCGAGGCUCUAGCACUGGCGGCAGAGCUGCAGGGCGAAGCGACGUGCUCUAUUUGCCUAGAGCUCUUUCGCGAACCGGUGUCCGUCGAGUGCGGCCACAGUUUCUGCCGCGCCUGCAUAGGGCGCUGCUGGGAGAGCCCGGGCGCCGGGGCUGUAGGGGCCGCGACCCUUGCGCCGCCAUUUCCACUGCCCUGCCCUCAGUGCCGCGAGCCCGCGCGCCCCAGUCAGCUGCGGCCCAACCGGCAGCUGGCAGCAGUGGCCACGCUGCUGCGGCGCUUUAGCCUGCCCGCGGCCGCCCCGGGGGAGCACGGGUCCCAGACGGCAGCGGCUGCCCGGUGCGGGCAGCAUGGCGAACCGCUCAAGCUCUACUGCCAGGACGACGGACGCGCCAUCUGCGUGGUGUGCGACCGCGCCCGUGAGCACCGGGAACACGCCGUGCUACCGCUGGACGAGGCGGUGCAGGAGGCCAAGGAGCUCUUGGAGUCCAGGCUGAGGGUGUUGAAGAAGGAACUGGAGGACUAUGAGGUGUUCCGGUCCACGGAAAAGAAGGAGAGCAAGGAGCUCCUGAAGCAGAUGGCAGCAGAGCAGGAGAAGGUGGGGGCAGAGUUCCAGGCACUGAGGGCCUUCCUAGUGGAGCAGGAGGGCCGGCUGCUGGGCCGCCUGGAGGAACUGUCCCAGGAGGUGACACAGAAGCAGAAUGAGAACCUGGCCCAGCUCGGGAGUGAGAUCACCCAGCUGUCCAAGCUCAGCAGCCAGAUCCAGGAGACAGCUCAAAAGCCUGAUCUUGAUUUUCUCCAGGAAUUCAAAAGCACGCUGAGCAGGUGCAGCAAUGUGCCUGGCCCCAAGCCAACCACAGUCUCUUCUGAGAUGAAGAAUAAAGUCUGGAAUGUUUCCCUCAAGACCUUUGUCUUAAAAGGGCUGCUGAAGAAGUUCAAAGAGGACCUUCGGGGAGAGCUGGAGAAAGAGGAGAAAGUGGAGCUCACCUUGGAUCCCGACACGGCCAACCCGCGCCUCAUCCUCUCUCUGGAUCUUAAGAGUGUGCGUCUAGGCGAGCGGGCCCAGGACCUGCCCAACCAUCCCCGCCGCUUCGACACCAACACCCGCGUCCUGGCGUCCUGCGGCUUCUCCUCAGGCCGGCAUCACUGGGAGGUGGAGGUGGGCUCUAAGGACGGCUGGGCUUUCGGCGUGGCCAGGGAGAGCGUGCGCCGAAAGGGCCUCACGCCCUUCACUCCCGAGGAGGGCGUCUGGGCCCUGCAGCUCAACGGCGGCCAGUACUGGGCCGUGACCAGCCCCAAGAGGUCGCCCCUCAGCUGCGGGCACCUGUCCCGUGUGCGGGUGGCCCUGGACCUGGAGGUGGGAGCCGUGUCUUUCUACGCCGUGGAGGACAUGCGCCACCUCUACACCUUCCGCGUCAACUUCCAGGAGCGCGUGUUCCCGCUUUUCUCUGUCUGCUCCACAGGCACCUACUUGCGAAUCUGGCCUUGAGGGGCACUGCUGGGGAGCUCCUGUCUCUCGGCUGCCGGUGGGAAGGGAUAUCGCCUCCCCAGAGCUCCCUGGUCCAUCUUGGGUCUGCCCUCCCUGCUCCAGACCCUGGUUGCUAUAGACACAACCCUGAGGCAGGAGACUGUGACUACGGCCAACUGAGCAGGGGAAGAGAGACUUUGGACGCGUGGGUGUUCCUUUCCUGAGGUCACAUGUGGAUUUGGCCAGAGCCCUCAGGAGGUGGAGGCCGGUGAGGUCAGGAGCCCAGCUCUCCAAAGGGCUUCUGUCCUGACUGGAAAGCGAGUGACUCUCUAAAAAAAUGUCAAAGCCAGUCCUGCUGUUUCCUGUUGCCAGGGUACAGGUCUGGGCACCGGCCAGCCAGGUUUGUUAUUAUGGCUGCCGCUUUCUGGAUAGCUGCCAGCUCUACCUUGAGAGGUUGUGGGACCUCUGGAUCCAGCUGGCCUGACAGGUCAUCUACUCAGGGAGGAGCCCUGUGUCCCCAGCUCAGAGGACAGUCUAGGCCAGAACUGGAAGGAGGUCCUUGGACCGUCUGUGAGAGAGAAGCCCAGGACAACAGCCAAUGGGUAUCACAGCUCUCCAGCACUCUUAGCCGGAAGAUACAGAGUGAUUGGUGCGCCCUGACCAAAGCAACAAUCAGCAUGUGCUCUCCACAAACACCUGACUCCCCACUUGCCAGUGCCAAAGUAUAAACACUUCUGGGAUAAGGAGAUCAAAGCUUCUGAAACUUUAUUUUUUCUUUCAAUUUUUUAUUUUGUGACAGGGUCUCACUCUAUCACCAGGAUGGAAUGCAGUGACAAGAUCUCAGCUCACUGCAACCUUCCGCCUCACGGGUUCAAGUGAUUCUCCUGCCUCAGCCUCCUGAGUAGUUGGGAUUACAGGUUCCUGUCACCCCGCCCACCUAAUUUUUGUAUUUUUAGUAGAGAUGGGAUUUCACCAUGUUGGCUAUAAUGGUCUUGAUCUCUUCACCUCGUGAUCUGCCUUCCUCGGCCUCCCAAAAUGCUGGGAUUAAAGGCAUGAACCACUGUAUCCAGCCUCUUUUUAACUGUGUUUUUUGAGACUGGGUCUUGCGAUGUUUCCCAGGCUGGUCUUGAACUCCUGGCCUCAAGUGAUCUUCCAGUCUCCAUCUCCUUAAGGGCUGGGAUUACAGGUGUGAGCCACUGUACCCGAACUGUUUUUUGUUGUUUUUGCUUCUGGAACUCUGAAACACAAAACACAACACGGUACUUACAAUUUUAAAGAUGCAGCCAGUUCUGAACAACGCACAAAGAACACGAACAUGAUCCUGACAGACUCUUUCAGGAAACUGCCAACAGCAGAGCACCCUGGUGUCAAGACCUUCUCAGCCUAUGCCCUGGAGGGGAUUCCACUGGCCAGCCUCAGCCCUUGUCUACUUGUUCUCCAGCUUCUGGAUAGCUGGGCUUCUGGAAGGGUGGCAGUGGGCUGCUCCCUGCUAAGUGCUCCCCUGGGAAGGGGGUGGGGAGAUGAAAAUGAAGACUAUGAGCUGUCUUUA